AUGGUCAUGUUGAUUUUCAUGAUUUUUGUUGCUGAAACCUAUGCCACUCUGUGCCAAGAGAAAGAAUACAAUAACUGUUGUGUAGACUAUGAAUGGGACGAAAUUUUGGGAAACUGUACACGAUGUAAGCCGGGGUUUUAUCGAAUAAAUUGUAACAAAACCUGUCCGUAUCCUCUUUUUGGUUAUGGUUGCCAACAAAUGUGUAACUGUUCUAAUGAAGUAUGUGAUUUUACAAUAGGUUGUUCAAAAGACGAAACAACAAAUGAAGUUUACGCGAAAGAUGAUGUGAGAGACUACAGAGCUACUCCUUUCAACAUCUUAUCUUCAUUUACGAUGGACAAUAUGAGUAAUCUGACUCUUAAUAUAGAAAAUUCAAAGGAUAUUGUUUCCCUGGAACGGUUUAGAACCUGGUUUAACUCAAAUAGCAUGUCCAUAACGAUGAUAUGCAUAGUUGUUUUAGUUUUGAUAGCACUGUUGAUUAUUUUUAUACGCAAAAUGAUACACAAAAGAAAUUCUCAAAAGCAUAGUUACUGA